CUUAGCUACAUCUUUUUCUCAGCUACUGCUUGUCCUAAAUAUUUCACAUCAAUUCCUGAGCUCUUUUUCGAGAUUAUGUUAUCCAUUUUGGUUUCUUUUGAUGAUAGUUCCAAGUUUCACCGCUAGAGAGAGAUGUUUUAUACAAAUGGAUAAAACUAAGGAUGUUUAAAACUAUGUUUUCAACAUGCCCAUCCCUGGUCGUGGGGCUGAACUUACCCCAGUGGUUUGGUUUGAUCUGGUUUGAUCUUAAUUAAACCCAGCUGUUCAUUAAAAAACUUGUAUUCAUUAUUGACAUUUAUCAUAACUCCUCAUCUAUAUUCGAUCAUGUUUCGAUGGAUGCAGACCAAGCGUUUUGAAUCAUUACCUCAUUUUUUCUCGGUGAAUAAGCAAUACUCUAAAAUAACUGACGACGUGCCAUUUGCAGAGAAGCUUAAAAAUGGUCCUCAGCUGGAUGAAUUCUUGUCUAAUAGGGUAUCAGGAUACGAUGGAAAAUUAAAGCUAGAUAAGGGUGAGAAAACAAGAUUGCGAUUACCACCUUGGUUAAAAACAGAAAUUCCAAUGGGUAAAAGCUAUGCUAAGAUAAAAGAUCAACUAAGGGGAUCAAAACUAGCGACUGUUUGUGAAGAAGCAAGAUGUCCUAACAUUGGUGAAUGUUGGGGAGGUGGUGAACACGGUACUGCUACAGCUACAAUAAUGUUAAUGGGAGACACAUGUACCAGAGGCUGUAGAUUUUGUUCAGUUAAAACAUCUCGUACACUAUCACCGUUAGAUUCAGCAGAACCAGUUAACACAGCAAAAGCAAUCACAGAUUGGGAGCUUGAUUACAUUGUUCUUACAUCUGUCGAUCGGGAUGAUUUACCUGAUGGGGGAGCUAAACAUAUUGCCGAAACAAUUCGUGAGUUGAAAAAAAGGAGUAACAUUCUAGUAGAAGCCCUUGUUCCAGAUUUUUCAGGAAAAUAUGAGUGCAUAAAAACUAUUGUUGAUUCGAAAUUAGACGUUUUUGCUCAUAAUAUCGAAACGGUUGAAAGAUUAACGCCUUUUGUUAGAGAUCGUCGAGCACAUUACAAUCAAUCGUUGAAAGUUCUAACGAGUGCAAAAGAAAUAAACCCAGAUCUUAUAACAAAAUCGUCAAUAAUGCUUGGUCUUGGUGAAACCGACGAUGAAGUUGAACGAACAAUGAAAGAUCUUAGAUUAUCUGGAGUCGAUGCAGUUACUCUUGGACAAUACAUGCAACCAACUAAAAGACAUCUCAAAGUAAUCGAGUAUGUCAAACCAGAAAAAUUUAAAUACUGGGAAGUAAUUGGUGCUAAACUUGGAUUUGUUUAUACUGCAAGUGGUCCUUUGGUCAGAUCAUCAUACAAAGCUGGUGAAUUUUUUCUAUCAAAUAUUCUGAAAGAACGAAGAAAUAAAUCUAAAGAAAAUAUACUCAACUAGUUUUAUAAAUCCCUAGUCAAAUUGAAAACACAUCAUAGAUAAUU